AUGAACCACACUGACUCCCAUAAUCCUGAUGGCUAUGAAAAAGAUGAAGCGUUCGAUGCUCUUUUGAAACCCGUCUUCAAAGGUAAAAAGCUGACUGACGAGAUCAACACUGCCGAAGAUAAAUGGAAUCUUUUGCCUGCCUUUUUAAAGGUGAAAGGGUUAGUAAAGCAGCAUUUGGACUCUUUUAAUUACUUUGUGGAUGUUGAUUUGAAGAAGAUCAUCAAAGCUAAUGAGGUUAUAUUAUCUGAUGUCGAUCCAGAGUUUUACUUGAAGUACAUUGACAUUAGAGUAGGAUACAAACAUAACGGCAACAAAGCUAUUAUGACCCCACCACAUGAAUGUAGAUUACGAGACAUGACAUACAGUACUCCUAUCUUUGUUGAUAUUGAAUACACCAGAGGAAGAUCAAUUGUGUUGCAUAGAGAUGUGGAGAUCGGUAGAAUGCCCAUAAUGUUGAGAUCAAACAAAUGUAUAUUAGAUGGUGCAGCAGAAAAUGAUAUGGCCAAAUUAAAUGAAUGUCCCUUAGAUCCAGGUGGAUAUUUCAUUGUUAAUGGUACUGAAAAAGUCAUCUUAGUUCAAGAACAAUUAUCUAAGAAUCGUAUCAUUGUGGAAGCAGAUGAGAAGAAAAACAUCGUACAAGCUUCUGUUACAUCUUCCACCCACGAAAGAAAAUCUAAGACUUACGUAGUCACCAAGAAUGAUAAAAUAUACUUAAAACAUAACUCUAUCGCAGAAGAGGUUCCAAUUGUAGUUGUUUUGAAGGCUUGUGGUGUUGUAUCUGAUUUAGAAAUCAUGCAGUUAGUUUGUGGUAAUGAUAGCAGUUAUCAAGAUAUCUUCGCGGUGAAUCUCGAAGAAGCUGCCGAACUAAAAAUAUACACGCAACAACAAGCCUUAGAAUUCAUUGGUACUAAAGUUAAAACUGUCAGAAGACAGAAACUUUCCAUCUUGCAAGAAGGUAUCGAGGCCAUCGCUACGACAGUCAUUGCUCAUCUGACAGUGGAAGCUUUAGACUUUAGAGAAAAAGCAUUAUACAUUGCAAUGAUGACUCGUAGAGUCGUAAUGGCUAUAGAUAACCCAAAGAUGGUUGAUGACAGAGAUUAUGUUGGUAACAAGCGUUUAGAAUUGGCUGGUCAAUUGAUGUCAUUGUUAUUUGAAGAUUUAUUCAAAAAGUUCAAUAAUGAUUUCAAGGCAAACAUCGAUAAAGUCUUAAAGAAACCAAAUCGUGCUGAAAUGUAUGAUGCCUUACUAACCAUUAACGUACAUUCCAACAACAUUACUACAGGUAUGAAUCGUGCAAUUUCAACUGGUAACUGGUCUUUGAAACGUUUCAAGAUGGAAAGAGCAGGUGUUACACAUGUCUUAUCCAGACUUUCUUAUAUUUCAGCAUUAGGUAUGAUGACAAGAAUAUCCUCUCAAUUUGAGAAAUCUAGAAAAGUUUCAGGUCCUAGAGCCCUACAACCUUCUCAAUUUGGUAUGUUAUGUACCUCAGAUACUCCAGAAGGUGAGGCCUGUGGUUUGGUUAAAAAUUUGGCAUUAAUGACCCAUAUCACCACCGAUGAUGAAGAAGAGCCUAUAAAGAGGAUUUGUUACUUGUUGGGUGUGGAAGACAUAAGUUUAAUUGACAGUGCUUCAAUUCAUUUAAAUUAUGGUGUCUACUUAAACGGUACAAUCAUAGGGACAACUAGAUUUCCUACAAAGUUUGUGUCUCAAUUCAGAUGUUUAAGAAGAACUGGUAGAGCGUCAGAGUUCAUCUCUAUAUAUACCAAUACACAUCAAAAAGCAGUUCAUAUUGCUACUGAUGGAGGAAGAAUCUGUAGGCCGUUGAUAAUUGUUUCGAACGGGCAGUCUUCUGUUACUGCAGACCAUUUAAGAUCUCUUCUGGCUGGAAAAUUACAAUUCGAUGAUUUCUUAAAACUGGGUUUAGUCGAGUAUCUCGACGUUAAUGAAGAAAACGACUCGUUCAUUGCAUUAUAUGAAAAAGAUCUAUCUGAGAAUAUUACGCAUCUAGAAAUUGAAUCAUUUACUGUCUUAGGUGCAGUUGCUGGUUUGAUUCCAUAUCCUCACCAUAAUCAGUCUCCACGUAACACUUAUCAAUGUGCGAUGGGUAAGCAGGCUAUUGGUGCAAUUGCAUACAAUCAAUUCAAAAGAAUUGACACCUUAUUGUAUCUAAUGAUAUACCCUCAACAGCCUAUGGUGAAAACCAAAACGAUUGAAUUGAUCGAUUACGAUAAACUUCCGGCAGGUCAAAAUGCUACGGUGGCAGUUAUGUCCUACUCCGGUUAUGAUAUCGAGGAUGCGUUAGUUUUAAAUAAAGCGUCCAUUGACAGAGGUUUUGGACGUUGUGAAACUCGUCGUAAGAACACCACCGUGUUGAAGAGAUAUCCAAAUCAUACUCAGGAUAUUAUUGGUGGUAUGAGAGUUGAUGAAAAUGGUGAGCCUAUAUGGCAACACCAAGCAUUAGGCCCUGAUGGGCUAGGUGAAGUUGGAAUGAAGGUUGAAAGUGGACAAAUUUAUGUCAAUAAAUCUGUUCCAACUAAUGCGUCGGAUAGCAUUCUAACUCAAACACAAGCUCAGUACAAGGAGACUCCAGUGGUAUAUAGAGCUCCAGAACCUUCUCAUAUUGAUCAAGUUAUGAUGUCAGUUUCUGAUAAUGACCAGGCUUUGAUCAAAGUUCUAUUGAGACAAAACAGAAGACCUGAAUUGGGUGAUAAAUUCUCAUCGAGACAUGGUCAAAAGGGUGUCUGUGGUAUCAUCGUAAAACAAGAAGAUCUUCCUUUCAACGAUCAAGGUGUAGUACCAGAUAUUAUCAUGAACCCACAUGGUUUCCCAUCUCGUAUGACCGUUGGAAAAAUGAUUGAGUUGAUAUCAGGUAAAGCUGGUGUCUUGAAUGGUACCCUUGAAUACGGUACCUGUUUCGGUGGAUCUAAGUUAGAAGACAUGUCAAAGAUUUUAGUCGAUAAUGGUUUCAACUAUUCCGGUAAGGACAUGCUUUAUUCUGGUAUUACUGGUGAAUGUUUACAAGCUUACAUUUUCUUUGGUCCAAUCUACUAUCAAAAGUUGAAGCAUAUGGUUCUUGACAAAAUGCACGCAAGAGCCAGAGGUCCAAGGGCAGUGUUAACGCGUCAACCAACAGAAGGUAGAUCUAGAGAUGGUGGUCUAAGAUUGGGUGAAAUGGAACGUGACUGUGUUAUCGCAUACGGUGCUUCACAACUAUUGUUGGAAAGAUUAAUGUUAAGUUCUGAUGCCUUUGAAGUCGAUGUUUGUGAAAAAUGUGGUUUGAUGGGUUAUAGUGGAUGGUGUACAAGCUGUAAAACCGCUGAACAUGUUGUCAAAAUGACUAUUCCUUAUGCAGCCAAACUUUUAUUCCAGGAAUUGCUUGCGAUGAACAUUGCACCAAGAUUGAAAUUAGGCGAUGUCUUUGAAGCUUGA